UUUCAGCCGUUUAAUCUGCAGUCGGUUGGUCCUAGUUCACAAAAAUGUCAUUAUCUAAGUUUCUAAUGAAACGACUCAAAAAUUCUCCAAUUGUCGAAAUUGACACAAAGGAAGACGCCGAUCAAGUAUCGGUUGAGUUCUUGUUGUUCAGUACGACAAAACUCUCCCCGAUCAAAGUAAUCUACAAAAAUCACCCAGAGGGAUGUCAGCGAGUGCAUGAUGGACAAGAGGAGUUUAUCAAAAACAAGAAUUACAUAGAGUUGUGCUCAGAUGAUUUAGAAAGUGUUCUGUCAUCAAUGCGUGUGCUUUCUCAUCUUUCAAUCACAAUUAGUGAGGAAUCCAGUUUGAAUAAGACAGACGUAACCUUUUUGAAACAUCUCAAACGGAUUCUUGAUUUGAGACCGUCUUCUCUGAUCGUGAACGAUUUUACACUAACUUUACGGAGUAUUUCAUCAAUGCCAAACGCACUUUCGGUAGUGGUCAGCUGUCGUUCUGAUAUAUUCAAGACAUUAAAAUUGAAUGCAAUGAAUGAUCAUGACAAGUGUGUAUUUGAAAAAACAUUACCCAUCGAUAAUUCAUUACAAAAUGUUUAUGCUGAUGAUCAACUUGUAAUGCUGGAAAAUUUAGUGAAUGGUGAACUUCACGAUUUUUAUGGCACGACGAAAUUAUUCACAUAUAUUCUGGCGUUCUCCGAUGAAUAUCCAAUUGACAAAAGCUUAAUACAGGAAAGUUUUGAAGUCACAGGUAAAUGUUGUCAAUCAUCAAAUUUGGGAGCUGACCAAGUGACCGUUAAAAAUACAUUCAGCUCUAACACUACAUUAUCUGACUUUCCGACUCGUCACUCGGAAAGUUUGUAAAAGACUCCAGGAUUUAUCGGAUAACAACAACUCUUAAAAUUUUUAUACUCUCCUCUAAAUACUCAGAAAAAGAAUUAGUCUUAAACUUUAAUAAUCUCAUCCAAUAUUCUAUUCUAUUUGUGGUGAUUUGUUUGAAUUGUUCAAACACGUAAUUUAAUUACAAAAAGAUUUUUUUCCAAAAAACACUAAAAACCAAAAAAACAAAAAAACUGACCUGCGGGGUGUCAGCUAAAUACCGUCUAUUUUUUCUUAUCUUCUCUGCAUUUGUAUUUGUCUUAAUUAACGAAAUGAAUAAAGUUUUAUGAGGUUAUCCAGAGGGUAAAAAAACUUUUUAGCCAUUUUUUUUCUAAUUUUUAACACUUU